AUGCACUUCCGACACCAACCUCUCCUCUUCCUCCCACUCGUCGCGGCGCUGACCCCCCGCCAGCGCGCCGAACCCGCCCUCACGGCCCUGCAGACAUGGUACAACACCUCCAGCGGCCUCUGGGACACCUGCGGCUGGUGGAACGGCGCCAACUGCCUGACCGUGUUGGCGGACCUGGCCGCCGUGGACGAUUCCAUCCGCCCGACGGCCACCGCGGUGUUCGCGAAUACCUUCACUGUGGCGCCGCGGUCGAACCCCGCGCCGGGACGCGGGAACGACACGUAUGGGCAUGUGGCGGCGCGGGGAAGGACGCUGAAUGGGACGGGGACGGGGACAGGGAAUGGGAAUGGGAAUGGGACUGGGAAUGUGUCGCCGUGGCUGGACGGGGCCUACGACGAUGACGCGUGGUGGGCGCUGGCGUGGAUCGCGGCGUACGACGUGACGGGUCGGCGGGAGUAUUUGGAUCUCGCAGCGGGGAUCUUUGAUCAGUUGAGCAAGGUCUGGCCGUCCCGGUGCGGUGGGGGUAUCUACUGGGACUACACGCACCGCUAUGUCAACGCGAUUGCCAACGAGCUGUUCCUGUCGCUGGCGGCGCAUCUGGCGAACCGGGUGGACCAGCGGGAGUAUGUGUCCUGGGCGGAGCGGGAAUGGGCGUGGUUUCGGGACAGUGGGAUGAUCAAUGCCAACCAUACGGUCAAUGACGGGCUGACGGAGGACUGCCAGAACAACGGACAGACGGUAUGGACGUAUAACCAAGGGGUUGUCCUCGGCGGGCUGGCCGAACUGUACCGGGCCACGCACAACGCGACCUACCUGGAGUCGGCGGCGCAGAUCGCCAAGGCGGCCAUUGCGGCCCUGACGGACUCGAAUCAGGUGCUGCAUGAGUCCUGUGAGCGCGACGGCUGCGGCGGCGACAGCACGCAGUUCAAGGGGAUUUUCAUCCGGAAUCUCCGAUUGUUGCAUUCCGUCGCGCCUGACAAGUUGUACGGCCAGGUCAUAGCUGCGUCGGCGGAAAGUAUCUGGGCGAAUGAUCGCGAUGGGGAGAACCGGAUGGGCGUGAACUGGGCGGGUCCAUUGCAGACGGUGGACGCCUCGUCGCAUAGUUCGGCGCUGGAUGCGCUGGUGGGAGCGAUUGAUCUGUAG